AUGAUACUGAGUGAACGAACGUGAAGAGAACGCGCAAGAACGUGGAAGAAGACGCAACAGCGACUGAUUUAAUGAUUCAUAACCUCACUUUUAAAAUGGGUUUACGGGACGGGUUCACUAAUAAAGCACACGGUCUCGAUCUUGUGCAGAUUUAGGCAAAAACUCAGUUAAGUCUCACUUGCACAGAGUGCAACUUGCAAAAGGAACAUUCAAUCGAACAUUCUCAUAACUGAAUUAUGACCAGACGUCACAAGAUAUAGAUACAAGUUCAUAGACGAGCGAUACCAAUUCCGAAAAAAGGCUUUACAUGUUACGGGAAUGGCAAAGCUCAAUUCGUAUUACACGCUUUGUCCACUUAUCGACCAGCAGAGUUUACUCGGCGUCGAGAAGGAUAAGGAACCAGGCUGCGCGAUAGUGACUCUCGGCAGGAACAUAGUUAUACGAUAUAAGCUACAAGAUUUAAAACAAAUCAGCAGUUGGUCCAGCAAAGAAAGAUUGACGACGCAAGUCAUCUAUGAUAGAUUCAAGCAGUGUUACGUUGCUGCCUUUAAUGAGAGAAAGAUUCGGGUUUGGUCGGAAGAGCAGGCGGACUUGAACAACGUGAAGGGACACAAGUUUUCGUCCCCGCUUUAUGCUAUUCUACCACAUGGUGACUCGUCGCCCAUUCUUGUCCAGCAAAAUGGAGCUACGGCUACCCUAGAGUGGGCCAUCGACAAUAGGAAGACAUGGAUAAGCAAGGGCAUAAUUAGGGCUAAGGAGAAGUUAUGCAACUGUCAGCUGAUACAUUUAAACGGAAAGACGAGUUUGUUUUGUUUGACGAGAGUAGAAGAGGUCUAUAACUAUGUAGUAGUUGGAUUGGAGGACGGUACCUGUUUAGAGAAAGCGGAUACCAUCAGGAGGAUAGAAUUAAAACGAAAGUCGGAGGUUCUUAUGGGACACGUUGUAAUACAUCAUAAGAACGAUGCAUAUCUGUUGACUUUAUGGUCACACGGUAGAUUGUAUAGUCACUUGUUGACAGGGACGUCUUCCGACAUGGAGUCUAAUAGGUUGAUUAGUGUAAUUACUAAUAUCAAUACGAAAUAUCCCAUUGUGAUGACGCAUCUUAACGAGACGACCAUAGCGAUUUAUGGCGCUGACGUCACCGACGAGGGGGCAGUACUCAUGAUAUACAAUGUACAAUUCAAAUCGGCGCAAGCGGUGCAGAAGCUAAAACUUUACACCAACGACGCUAAGCUCUGGAAGGUGGAGGACAAAUUAUUGCUAGCGGCAAACAGACAUUUGGCCGUCGCGCCCUAUCACCUGGCGCCACAAAGGAUAGCUGCUAUGUUGGGCUCAUCUUUGCGCUUUAAGAACGGCAAUGAUAGUAACGAUGCAGACGAUAUUAUCGUGAUACAGGAAGCGACAGUGGCUCAGUGGGGCAAGAAUCGAACGUCGACAAGAAGCGCAUCGAUAGGUCGAAUACCUUUGAAUAUUUCGAAAAAGAUCUGCGCUUAUUUGAACGAGGGAUGGAGUGAUUCCGCGAUACAAGAGAUCGUGAUUCCAUUAUUGAUGGAAUCUGGCGAUGUCGCGUCGAUCUGUUGGUGUCUCGAUACGUUUAAAGAUUUGCCAGAGAAGUUAUUAGUGGAUCUUUUGGUAUUUACCUUAAAAAGUCCAGACAAAGUAUUCGUUCCUCUGCAAAAUGGAACGACUGAUAGCACAUUGAAAGUUAAUAAUCCCUAUUCCAGAGACAAUUUUCUCAACAGAGUGUUUAGUAUCAGCUAUUCCAGUGUUUCGUUGUUACCUCAUCUGAAAACCGGUUUAACUUUCGAUCAAGUACUUAAAUUAUUGGAAUAUCUAAUGUGUAAAUUGAAUGAGAAAACGGACUCGCUUGACGAUACUUCACAGCCGAACGAUCAACAGUUGUAUGAAUGGUUCUGUGUGCUUCUCGACUCGCACUAUCAACAUUAUUUAUUGUCGCAAGAUAUGCACGUUGUGGAGCUUUUCAAUCGGCUAGAGUCUGUCCUAGAAGAACAUUUUCAGUUUUUGCAAAACCUUGUCAACUUGAGGCCUAUGAUAGACAGGACAAACAAUGGAAAAGCAUUACGAUCUUCUUCGAGAAAAUACAAUAAAUUCUACUCUAUAGAAGAAAUUAAACUUUAUUAAAUUAUUAAGUAAAUGAAAAGACACUUUUACAUCUCUCGCGUCAUCGUAGUGUGUUGAAGAUGUAUGAUCUUCAUAUAUUUCUUAUGUAUUUUUCUAUUAAUCUUAUGCAGAAGACGAA